GCUGGGCUCUUGAGCUAAAAAUGACUUGCUAGUUAAAACAUCAUGGUUCAGGAUCUGGAGUCAGAGCCUCAGCCAUUUACAAGCUUUUCUCUUCUGAAAAAUGAGCACUAAUUAUAAUGCCUAGCUGCCAGGGUUGUUGCAAGAUUUACAGGAGAGGAGGGCUGUGAAUUUGCUUUGUAAACUGUCAAGCGUUAUUAAAGGGAACACAUCUCCUCUUUUAAGAUGCCAAGGGGCAAAGUUCAUCGAGGGGCCUUGGUCCCUUUCAAGCGCCGGCCCAGCUUCCCCAGAGCUGGGCUGCGGGAGCCCGCGGGUUCGUCUCGGCUGGCUCCUCCCCCGCCGCAGCCCGGGCCCGGGUCGGAGGCGGCGGGGCACGAGCGCCCGGCCUCGCCAGCCCACGGCCCGCUGGGGGCGCAGCCCCGUGCCGGGGCGGGGCAGGCCCCGGCCGCUCAGUUCCUGCUUCUAUCAGCGGUACCCCGGGCUGGUGUCGCCACAAGCACCCGGACCCGGGCGGCUGAGGAUGGGCCCGCGCGGCACGGCGAGCCUGCUCUCAGGCCCCGGCCCGCGGCGGCCGCUCCUCCCCGCCGUCCUCCCUCUGCUGCUGCUGUUGCUGCUGCUGCUGCUGCCGCCGCCGGGCUCGGGCGCCGGGGCCGGCCGGCCGCCCCACCUGGUCUUUGUGCUGGCGGACGACCUGGGCUGGAACGACGUGGGCUUUCACGGCUCCCACAUCCGCACGCCGCACCUGGACGCGCUGGCGGCCGGCGGGGUGCGCCUGGACAACUACUACGCGCAGCCGCUGUGCACGCCGUCGCGGAGCCAGCUGCUCACCGGCCGCUACCAGAUCCGUACGGGUUUACAGCAUGAAAUAAUCUGGCCCUGUCAGCCCAGCUGUGUUCCUCUGGAUGAAAAACUCCUUCCUCAGCUGCUAAAAGAAGCAGGCUAUACUACUCAUAUGGUUGGAAAAUGGCACCUGGGAAUGUACCGGAAAGAAUGCCUUCCAACCCGCCGAGGAUUUGAUACCUACUUUGGAUAUCUCCUAGGUAGUGAAGAUUACUAUUCCCAUGAGCGCUGCACAUUAAUCAAUGCUCUGAAUGUCACACGAUGUGCUCUUGAUUUUCGAGAUGGUGAAGAAGUUGCCACAGGAUAUAAGAAUAUGUAUUCUACAAACAUAUUUACCGAAAGGGCUAUAGCUCUCAUAACUAACCAUCCACCAGAGAAGCCUCUGUUUCUCUACCUCGCACUCCAGUCUGUCCAUGAGCCCCUUCAGGUGCCUGAGGAAUACCUGAAGCCCUACGACUUUAUCCAGGACAAGAACCGGCAUCACUAUGCAGGAAUGGUGUCCCUUAUGGAUGAAGCAGUGGGAAAUGUCACUGCAGCCUUAAGAAGCCGUGGACUCUGGAACAACACGGUGUUCAUCUUCUCCACAGAUAACGGAGGGCAGACUUUGGCGGGGGGCAAUAACUGGCCCCUCCGAGGAAGAAAAUGGAGCCUGUGGGAAGGAGGCGUCCGCGGGGUGGGCUUCGUGGCAAGCCCCCUGCUCAAACGGAAGGGCGUAAAGAACCGGGAGCUCAUCCACAUCUCCGACUGGCUGCCGACGCUCGUGAAGCUGGCCGGGGGGCACACCAAUGGCACCAAACCCCUAGAUGGCUUCGACGUGUGGGAAACCAUCAGUGAAGGAAGCCCGUCCCCCAGAGUGGAGCUGCUGCACAACAUCGAUCCAGUCUUCGUAGACUCUUCCCCAUGUCCUGGGAAUGGCAUGGCCUCAGCAAAGGUUGAUUCUUCUCUUCCAGAAUAUUCAGCUUUUAACACAUCUGUCCAUGCUGCAAUUAGACAUGGAAAUUGGAAACUCCUCACAGGCAACCCAGGCUGUGGUUACUGGUUCCCUCCACCGUCUCAACACAAUGUUUCUGAGAUACCCUCAUCAGAUCCACCAACCAAGACCCUCUGGCUGUUUGACAUUGAGCGGGACCCAGAAGAAAGGCAUGACCUGUCCAGAAAAUACCCCCACAUCGUCUCGAAGCUCCUUUCCCGCCUGCAGUUCUACCAUAAACACUCAGUGCCCGUGUACUUCCCUGCGCAGGACCCCCGCUGUGAUCCCAAGGGCACUGGGGCGUGGGGGCCUUGGAUGUAGGAUUUCAGCGAGGCCAGAAAACCUUCCCGCUGCAAGCUGGACUUCAGACCUUUA